AUGAAAGCAGAAGAACUUGAAGUAUUUCUAAAAUGGUACGGAGAACAUAAAAACGACAUUUUUGAACUCCAACGUGAACUUUUGGAGUAUUGCAUCAGCGAUGUCAAUAUCCUGACUGAGGCUUGUCUAAAGUUCAGACGUUUUUUUCUCAUUGAAAGUAAUAUUGAGCCAUUCUUAGAAGCUACGACUAUAGCUUCUUCAUGCAAUCUGGUGUACCGAAGAAAUUUUCUACAGUCGAACACUAUUGGGUUAAUACCCAAAAAUGGAUACAGGUGCGUCGAUAAUCAGUCAACGGAAGCAAUUAAGUGGUUGAUUUUGGAAGAGCAAAGUCGAAAAAUCAACAUAAAACAUGCUGCUAAAGGACGUGAAGCCAUAAUUAACGGAGUUAAAGUCGAUGGUUUCUGCGAAGAAAAUAAACAAGUUUUUGAGUUUCAUGGUUGCUACUAUCACGGUCAUCCUGCUUGUCUUAAACAUAAACGAGACGAACCUCUAUCUGAUAAAGAACAACACGAUACGUUGAAUUACAGAUACGAGAGAACGUUGGCCAAAACAGCACGUUUGAGAUCGUUUAAUUAUGAAGUGAUCGAAAAGUGGAGUUGUGAAUUUGAGACCCAACUUAGUUUUCUAAAAGAUGAAGAGUUAAAUUUCAUAAACAAUCACCCACUUGUACAGAAUGCCCCGUUAAAUCCACGAGAUGGUUUCUUUGGAGGAAUAACUGGGAAUACAUUUAAUUACUACAAGUGUAAGGAAGGUGAGCAAAUAAAAUACAUUGAUGUAUGUUCACUAUACCCCUGGGUAUGUAAAAAUGGGAAGUUUCUAGUUGGACAUCCAAAAGUUCAUACAAGUAAUGAUGAUAUUUGCUCUAAUAUGCAACUUGAUGGUAUCAAUGGACUCAUUAAAUGUAAAAUUCUACCACCAGAAAACUUAUUUCACCCUGUCUUACCCCAAAAACAGAACAAUAAACUAAUGUUUUCAUUGUGUAGAACCUGCAGCAGUGAAAAAACUAAGGAAAGAGUUUGUACCCAUUCUGAUGAUCAGAGGGCCUUGUUAGGAACAUGGGUGAUUGACGAAGUAGUAAAAGCUAUUGAAAUGGGUUAUAAGCUACUAACUAUAAUGGAAAUUUGGGAAUACGAUGUAAUCCAAUAUAACCCUACUGCAGGUACUGAAGGAUUAUUUACCUCGAUGAUGAAUAAAUACCUUAAAAUAAAGCAAGAAGCUUCAGGUUGGCCAAAUAUAUGUUUAUCUGAAAAGGAUAAAAACAAAUAUAUUACGGAUUUUCUCGAGAAGGAAAAAAUCAAGUUAGAAUACUCCGAAAUAACAGAUAAUCCUGGCAAGAGAUCACUUGCCAAGCUGAUUUUAAAUUCUUUUUGGGGUAAAUUUGGACAAAGAGAAAAUCAACAAAAAACCUGUAUUAUUAAUAAUCCUUCAGAUUCGUUUAAUUUGCUUACUCAUCCAUCUAUAGAAGUUUCAAAAAUUCUACCAAUUAAUUAA